UUCCGAUUCAUUUCCUCGAUGUAGAAAUUGUGGUUAAUUGUGUGUACGAUCAAUUUCACGCCAGUGUAUCAAUAUAAAGACAAUAUGUGAUUAUCAUAUUACCAGCAUCCCAACCAGCUGUUUAACCAAUAAAAUUGAACGAACAAAUAAAGUAUAAAAAUGUCACAGCACAUUUUCUCGGUAACGACAAAAUGCAUUCUUGACUGCAUGGACUAACAUGCAUACCGAAUAAACAGAAUAUUUAUAUGUCCCGUACGUGCAGUACUUGCAAUAACUAUGAGCAAGAAGCCGAAUUUGAUCAACCUUUUGUCGGAGAGGUUGAGGCCUGGUCUACUAGAUGUGGAAAGGAAGUAUUUAGAGUCCUGUGAAUUAGGUGACGAGGAUUUAGUCCGAAAUCUGUUAAAUUCUGGGACGAUUUCUCCAGAUCUUGAGGACACUCAAGGAAGAACAGCCCUAGACCUCGCCAUAGCAAGUGGUCAUGUUUCUUUGGUGGAAUUCCUUUCAGGUAAAGUGGGACCUAAGGUCAUCCAUCAAGGAUUGCUUUGCGCAGUCGAAAAUGAUCGAGAAGAGAUCUGCCAAAUUUUGCUGGAAAAUUCCAUUUAUCAGUAUUCAUUGCAAUCAAAAGAGAAUGCAAACGAGUAUUCUUCCAUUGAAGGAAUUACAAACCCAAAUAGCGACAAAAUGUCGGAAGUGUUUGAUGAUGAUUUAUCAACGAGGUCUAAACUCAGCCAGCAAUCUGAAAUAACAGUAAAUAAAAUGCUGAAGGAAGCACUCAUUAAAGCAGAAGAUCCUGUUAUGGCAUCCUUCUACCUCAGCAAAAAGUUCAAACAGCUUCAGGUCAUGGAAACUGAAUAUAAGAGUACGUAUGAAGAAUUGGAUGCACAGGUACAAGAAUUCACCCUCGACCUGUUAAACCAAUGUCGCACCUCAGGAGAAGUGCAGUCUCUUCUAGACUCGCCUGAAGGAACCGAAAAGUCGUUAAGCGAUAGUUUUCCUAUACUGCAAGUCGCUCUUCGAAUGGAACAGAAAAAGUUUGUUUCGCACCCGAAAUGCCAGGCUCAGGUAUCAGCUGUGUGGUUCAGUGGUCUUAAAGGUAUGCGCCAUUUGAAUCGGUUCGAAUUCCUGUUGUUGUCAAUUCCUGCUGGAAUGCUGCUAUUGCCCAUCCUGUCUUUAGUUUUUAUCCUCGCACCCUGGAGCAAGGUGACACUUUUGCUGAACACCCCCUCCACACGCUUCCUGAGUUACACGUGUUCCUACAUCUCGUUCCUGUGUCUGAUAGUGUUGGGCAAAAUCCAGUUUAGUAACAUGUGGGUCUCCCUGGGCUGUGAAGAAACCAACCCUGUUAGUUACGCCUUCAUCGUCAUCAUAUUCAUGUGGAUCAUAGGCUGGAUUUGGGAAGAAGUAAAACAGUUGUAUGACCAAGGUGCUGGAGAUUACUUCCGGUCUGUCUGGAAUGUAAUCGACUUUUUAAUGCUGACGUUACUCCUGACGUCAUUUACGUUAGAUGUCGUCAUUCCUUUAAGAUUAAAAAGGACUUUAGCCCAUCACCAGCUGAAUUAUAAUAUUUCUACGGGAAGAGAAAUCAACAUCAAUCAACUCUUGUUCUGUUACGAGGCCAAGGAGGGGAAAAGUUAUUUCUCAGUCGAGCACCAAUGUCCCACAGCAACGGUUGGAGUUGAAUGGUCGCCUAGCUGGGUUCCGGACCCGGAGUUGAUUUCGGAUAUUAUGUUUUCUGCCGGGAUUAUUCUCAGUAUUGCUAGAAUCUCCUUCAUCAUGCCAGCCAAUGAAACCUUUGGAACAAUGCUCGUCUCCUUCAGAAGAACGUUUGGGGACCUGGUUAAACUUCUGGCGAUGUUCGUUCUCAUUUUGUUGAGUUUCUCCUGCGGACUGGCUGCUCUCUACGCUGCUCAUGUUUGUCAGACACCGCAUUUCCAGGGGUUUAGCGGUGCAUUUUUCGUUCUGGUAUGGUCUCUCCUGGGAUUUGGAGAGGGCAAUACCCCGGAUUUGAAUAGAAGCGCCCCCAUGAGUUCCAUCACGAACAAUCCAUCACGAAUUUCAUCAACGGAAUGGUUUGGAACAGCUAUAUACGGCGUUUAUGUUUUUGCCGCAAGUGUUGUUUUAAUGAAUUUACUAAUUGCAGUAAUGAGCAACACCUUCCAAGAGGUUCAGGAUGAGAGAGAUAUAGAGUGGAAGUUUGCGCGUACGGAACUGUGGAUGACAUUUAUAGAGCCCGGAUGUCCAGUGGCCCCACCAUUCAAUAUUAUCCCUACGGUCCAAACUUUGUGCAAGGCUUGGAGAAAAAUAUGGCUAAUCUGCACUUGUUGCAGGAAACGUAAACUGAAAAUAAACAAAAGAUUAAAGAAACUUGAUGAAGAAAUGAAAAUUUCAUCUGCAUGCACGAAUUCCAGACAGAAUGUCAUAUGUACGCUAGUUCAGAGAUAUAUAGUCUACGCAUCUCGGGAGAAGAUGGAGGGCGAUGAAGAUGCUGCAGAAGACCGGAUACGGCGGUUGAUAGAACGAAUUGGUUCUCGUCUAGAAAAACGAUUGGAUGAAAUUACAGGUCACGUGCAACAUGUCGAUGAUCACGUUUCUCAUGUUGACAAGGGCGAAAGGGAUAUACAACAAAUGCAGAGAGAAGAAAUGAAAAGGACUGAUUUGUUGUUAAAAGCACAGGACGAAUACAAAGAAAUACUGCAUAAAAAGUGGGAAGAAUGGCAGAGAUUCCGAGACCAGCGUGUACAGGAAGUGAAGUCGAUGCGCGAGCAGAGAGAGCGCCUCCUACAACAACGGAUGUUUGAGGAGGCGCGCAGAUUGGAAGAGGCGAUAUCCGACACACUGGAGGAGGCCGACUACAUUCCACGAACCACCCUGAGAUGACACCCCUCCCUCCCUUCCCUUCAGUUCUUGGCAAAUGGGGGUGCCUCGAAAAUAACUUUUCUUAUGCAUGUUCGUUGUGAUUUUAAGUGUUAAAAUACCUAAUUUUCAAAUUUUAAGUUUAUUAGCCACCUUUAUAUAUAUUCUUACUACAGUAUUAAAACUAACAAGUAUUUAAUUAUACAUUGACGUUUAACUUUAUAUAAUUAAUGUAUCCCAAGUGCCUUGUUUGAAAAUAUAAUUAUUAUAGUGCUCACUU